AUGAGACAACUGGUAAAUCCUAAACUUUUUGGUAAACCUUCAAUUGGAUUAGCUUUAUUCGGUUGUAAAAAUCGUCCAUUUUAUCAAAUCUGUGUGUUUCCUGACAAAACACUUGGUAGAAGAUACGAAGGAAAUAUUUUAGAACAGGUUGGAAGUUUUGAUCCCUUACCAAAUACAAAUAACGAAAAGUUGGUAGCUCUUAAUAUUGGUCGUCUUAAAUAUUGGAUUGGUAAGAGAGAAGCUGAAGUUAGUGUUCCAGUGCUUGAAUUAUUAGGAUUAGCUGGUUUAUUGCCUAUUCAUCCAAAAACAUAUAUAAGAGCUAAAGAUAAUACAGCAUACUUGGAAAAAUUACGUAUAGAAAAAGAAAAAAAACAGAAAGAAGAAGAAGAACAAAAAGAAGGAAAAGAAGAUCUGGAGAAAAAAACAACUGUUUAG